AUGUCGCAAAAGAAGAAGUUAUCUGAACAUUGCUUUAGCGAGGACUUGAGAUUUGACCAUGAAGGGCAUGAUAGAGUGAGGGAAGAGAGCUGCACUGAGGAGCACGCAGUCUCUUCGAAGGCCGAGGUCCCAUCUGGUACGACGAACCCGAGACAGCAUCACCACGUACUAUCUCCAACUGCAAAUCCCGAGAGAAGACCGAGUCCAACAGUUCAGUCUGAUUCCAUUGAGAGGAGCCAGUCGUCGGAGCUAAAGCAAUCCAAUUGGAAUCAUCAGGCUGAGGAAGUAAGCCCACGACUGAACAAAGGAGGACAGAAGGAAAAGAAUCGGCCGUCUAGACGACAGAAGUAA